GACGAAGAGUUUUCCGUAACCACUAAAUUUCUAAAUACAGCCUCGAUUGAAAGUGUUAAGGACAACGCGACAAGACCAAAUGGUAGUCUAAGGUCCAUGGUCAAACGUCGAACUUCACUUGCGCCGAACCUGAUACAAAUGCGCAACAGCUAUUGUUUUUGCCGUUGUCGCGCUUGGAUCUUUUUCGACGACACGUCUCGGUCUUUGUAGAUUCUUCUAGCUCCUGAUUGAUUGAUAUUUUUUGUCAUUUCACAAUAAAACAUGAUAAAUUGAGAAAGAUUUAAACCACUUUGGUUAGAACUAAACGAUUGUCCAACGUCAUUAUCAAGUCAAAAUGGAUACAAUAUGGUAAAAUGGGCAUUUUUUUUAAAAUUCUAUUGCAGUGUCUUACAAUAGUUAUUGUUUUGAUUUCAGGCGGAGCUGAUUCGUCGUUAUGACACAACUCUCAAGAAACCUCGAGGAGAUUAGGACAGUGGACGUGCCUCAGCGUUUUGAGUUGUAAAAAGUUAUUUUAGUGUUAUUAUUUUUCAUAAGAAAGUUUAUAUAUUAUUUAAAGAAUUAGUCCUACUUGUUGCAGUUCAAGAAAAACUGACAUUCUUUUGAAUGAACAGCAAAAUAAUAAUUUAAAAUUUGAAUUAUAAAUUGAGAAGCUCUCUCCUUUUUUCAUAAACUCAUUAGAUGUUUUGUCGGGCAACAAGUUUCUUUUUGGUCGAAAUCCUUGCCGCUAGAUUCGCGAAUCCCGAUGUUUUUGGCGAAUAUGUUACUGGUUAACGAAGUGUUUCACAAAGACCUUAAUGUGACCAAAGCGAUCUCAUGCACAACAAUGCCGCUUCCAGUUUCCACUAGCUUCGAUUGUGUGGGUUUGACAGGCUAGUGUUAAUAGAAACGUGAAUCAACCAAUACAAUUACAAGCCAAACUAAGGUCGGCAAAACUGAUUAAUAGCAAUAAUUAAAUCUGCAAUAAAAUCGCCCAUCUAAAUUAGCCGUUCAAUUGUUUUGAGACUUGCUAAUAAAUGAUUUACUUAUGGAUAGAGGAGGGACUGGACACUUGUGCGUGUGACCGCUGCGUCACAUGACAGCUUUCGGAGCGUUCGAGUGCCAUCUGUGACUGGACAAAAACAGUCGGGCACGUUUGGAUACUUCAAGGAGGAUUUGACGAAAAAGACGCUUGUUGCUUGACUAGGUUAUAAUAGUGGGAAUAAUAAGUAACGUUAUAUUUUGUUGAAUCACGCACUGUCGUAACUAUUUUGAGUUUCCUCACGCAUUCACGCACGUUACUUCACAACGGUUCAUUCAACUGGCUUUUUUCCAGUUUCCUUUCAAAUUAACCAAGUAUGGAGAAACCUGCUCUCCAACAUCCAUUUAUGUUAAUGUUAAAUGGUUUUUGACCUUGUUAAUUUAUGAAGGUUUUGUACCUAGUAGUUUCUGUAUAUUUUGUUUAGAGAAGCGUUCGCCUCGACGUUGGCACUCGGCGAAAGUUGUUGACAUCUUUUUGACAUCGUCUAGACCAGAAGGCGGAGUUGUUUGUUUUAUGAUUGGCUGAGAAGUUUGGAAAACCAACGAAAAGUCAAAUCUUCUGCGUGUCGGGACGAAAACGUAACGCAAGUUUAUUUUUUUGUCAUAAAAGUACAAUUUUCUGAUGUUUUUUCUACUUAUUCCGAAGUAUUUUAGUUAUAUGUAAGACUACAAUGAAUGGUCAGUCGAGUUAACAUGCCUUAGAAAUCUUAAGGAAAUUACCAACAUUUAUUCUAAAAACUUAUUAUAUCGACUUUCGGAAACCAUGUAGAAAGUUAUAAUUUACUCUUCUGGAUAUUUUACAAAUCGGAAAUUUAGUAAUCAGAGAAUACUACAAAACAUUCUGGUUACGUUAGAUUCUACAUUACACUGUUUAUAUAAUUUUGUAAUGACCAUCUUUACAUGAACCACAUAAGAUCACGUCUUUCAUCUAGAAUUCGUAUUCACCCUCUAAUUGUUUGUAAAUUGUGUUUUUGUGCAACUGAUAACAUUUCUGUUGUUGUCAAUGAUGUAUUGCAGAGGUACGAAUAUAAUAAUGCUAUAUCUAUUUAUUAUUAGCCAAUAGUUAAAGUUAAAAAAAAGAAAGAAUUGUUGUGAGUUGUUAUAACCCAAGUUGAAAUAGAUUGGACUAUGUGAACAAUAAAGUGAAGUGUUAAUGCAUGCGGGGUUUUGUGGUCAGGAUUCUUCAGAGUGGCAGAUCAACCCAAAUAAAACGGAUACAAAAUAAAGCUUGCAGUUCAGAAAGGUCUGAUUUUCAUUUAUUUCAUCUUAUUUUAUUUAGUGUUUGUGGUGCCUACGAUAGACGGAUUCCGCCAAUGUGUUGACAUCCUUUUUGCCACGCAAUUCAGAUUUUAUGAUGAUUCAUUUGGGAGGUUACAAUUGUUCUGUUUGUACUUACUCGCAUGCAAUCAGUUGAGUGUGACAAAUUGCACAAUUGAAACGUCCCAAAUGAAUCAUCGCGUGGUCUGAAUUGGGUGGCAACAAGUGAAAACACGUUAGCUUUAUCCGUCUAUUUUUGAUGUGAAUAAUUCCUUCCGAAGCUGUAACCGCAACUAUCUCUUUUUAUAUCUUGGUCACGUUACCUGACGUUUCCAAACUGUGUGUUGGCGAGGUUUUGACAUGUUGUUAUCACUGAUGUAAACAAGUUUGGAUUCUUUGUACGCUAACAAUAUUGAGUUAUUUCUUCAUACUUUGAGCUGUGUGUUCUGAAAACUGGCAAAGUUGGAAUGUCAGUUUCGCAGUCACGUUCAAGGUCACGCUAUAAGCACGUUACAGACACUUUCGUCUAAAUAUUUAAUGGUCUGAAACGGUAAAUAGCGUAUUUAUUUCGUGUCGUAGUUAGGCGACUUGCUUUCCCCACUGACUAACCUUCCCUAAGCUGAAAGGAACGAUCACAUGGCGAACUCGAUGAGCCGAUUUUUUCCUGGUCUAGAUAUCGCGACAGACAAAGUUCGCAAACCGAGUAAUCUCAGCAAUAGUUUUUUUGAGUCUUGUCUCAAAAUAUCAACAAAAAUGUCGUCUAGUGUUAAAGAAUCGUUUGAGAGUUUACUUAUGGCACAAAGGCACUUUAACACGUGGCGCACAAUAAACCAGGUGUGAAUCUAUUGUCUGAACAAGUUUGAACAGUUUGGCGCUUCAGGCUAGUAAGCACUGUACGCGGAAAGAAAAAAAGAAAAAUGUCGUGUUUUCUUACGCGCGUAGACGGAUGUUGAUUUUAAAGACUUUUCGUGCGUAAAAUAAAAUAGAAUAAUUGUAUGGACGCCUUACCCAGGCGGAAAAAGUUGAACCUUAUUCAAGUUUUUCCGCAGACGCAAGCCGUCUAUGCGCUUCCGAUACUAUUUUAGGCGCGUAAAACGCUUAAAAUUCACGCCCAUUGACGGGCGUGAAAUUACACGACAGCGGAAAGCGCGCUUUAGUUUCACGAGAAAAAAGUCGAACAAAGUAUUCAGAACAUUCUCUCUUUCAAAAGUUUUUCGCAUUCACGAUCAAACCCUUAUCUCAUACAAGUUAUUUGUAAAUCUUGAAUUUUCACCAUCUGGUAUAAAGAAAGAUGAAAGAUUACAGAAAUGUUUGAUUAGGAAUAGCCAUCUUUCGCCACACCAGCUACUAAUGAUACAAGUUUUUACAAUCUUUCGUAAUCUAGUCCAAACUGUUUUAAGCUAAUUCCAUAUUCCUGUCCGUCGGCUUUCUGCGCGCUUUUUUUUCGCUGUUUUAACUGAUGCCUUCAUCUGAGUGUUAAGACGGUUUGUCUUUGACUGAAUCGCACGCAAAACGCCCUAAACAAUACCGUUACCUACCGCUGUAGGUUUCGCUAUUGAUGUUUUCAAAAGGGACAAAACACCAUGAAAUUCUCUAGUGGCGUCCAGGCUACCCGGCCGGUGAAUCGUCUCUAAUUGCUCAGCUGGUGUUUGGAGUUGCAAUGUUCUCUUCGGACACGUGCUCAUCGCUCAAUCAAACUAAAAGUUCUUGUUGACAAAGCGCGCAACAAACAAGAAAUCUCGUAACAUGGAUUACAUCGGCUGCACACUUUGCGUUCAUCUAUUCAGGAUUAAACUGACUAAAUACAUUUUCGUGCCAUAACAAGCUUAAAAUCUUUCGCCAGCUAAAUAAAGAGCAAAACUUGCCUAUUGAAGCUGGUGUAUUGCUAGGUAACGCAAUUGAAGCGACCGCCGCCCAGAUAAUAUUAUUAGUGCGCCCGGAAAAACCGAAUUACAUUGUUUUGUAGAUUCGGUGACAACUGACUGGCAGCAUCAUACUAAGAGGUUGGGACUGUAUCUAUCGGUCUUUCGGAAAUAUUGAAUAGUUUUAUUACGCUGUCAGGACUGUUGUCAGCGAAGUUCAUACCAAGAUAUCUUGUUAGCGGGGCAAGCGAUAAGAAGAACCACUGCUUGUCGCAAAAAAGAUGUCCGAGGAGGGUAGUGUGAGUCAGUGCUUGGAGUUGCUUGGUCUGCAGGAGUUUGCCCCUCAGUUGAUGGAUCAUGGAUUUGAUCGGCUUCAUGACAUCUUGUGUUUAGACCAAGACGAUUUUGCUAUGCUAAUUCGUGACGAGGAGAUGAAGACUAGGUACAAAACUGCGCUACAGCAAGAUCCUAGACUGGUGAAAAUAUGGCUCAAGUCUCUUGGACUGGGGCAGUAUUAUGAUCAGUUACAGGCCUCUGGAUUUACAAGUCUGGCCAGGUGCUCUGCUUUGAGCCUUCAGGCAUUGGACAGUGUGAACUUCAAUCUACCAGGCCACAAGAAAAGACUCUUCAAGGCAGCUCAGAGCCUAUUGGGAUGCGGAACAGUGAUGGCAGAGGGAACCUGGGAUGAGCACGAGCAGUUUAUGGGAGGAAGACAAAACAAAACAAAAAAGGAAUUGGAUAUACCGAGAAAUGAAACGAAAAAAAUUCGCCCGCAGUCCGUCUGGGUUACAAGUAGGUAUCUUAACUUCCCUUACAGGUUCGGUAAAUUUCUUUGUCUCACAGCUGACAUUUUUGCCCGUGAUCCGCGGGACGCGCGGGACAAUCAGGAUGGAAGCGCCACAGCCGUCCCGCAAAGAAGACUGAAGUUCAUGAUUGAUUCUGGCAGUGACACGGUGACGGUGCAUUAUGACGUCAUCAGAGAAUUGCGCUUGCCAAUUAAGGGAGCUGUCAUACAGGAGGGGGCCGGCGGGGAGAAACAAGAAAAGCCCUUAUAUAGCGCAUACCUUGGAAUCGGAGAGAAGACACUGGACAUCGAGGUAACAGCACGAGUUUUUCAAGUUCGACCUCAUUCUUCCCCAACUUUAACCUUCCCUGUACCUUUUUCGUUUAUCACCUCUUUCAAGUUUUUGCUGUUGUUGUUGUUGUUGUUGUAAUUUUUCAAUUCAAAGAAUGUUUUUGCAGUAAAAUUGACCAAGACUAUGAUGUCAUAGAGUAGAACGUCGUUAAUACGGUCACUUCUGGGUCGUGAAAUGACAUGUUAGUAAUGGUUAGGUAAAAUUACUUAAGAAAUAGAGGUGUGCGACUCUAAAAAGUGCCUGUCGGCAAUAUUUAUUUCUGAUGGUCAUCUUCACUAUAUAGAAGUCUCCCGGAGGAUCGUUUGAUUGUGGUAUCUGAUGACCACUCCCGUUAACUGUGGCAGUCCCCCAGGGAAUUAGAAUCUUUAUCACUUCACCGCAUGGCUAAGUCUCAUUGCUAUUUCUAGGUAGUUCCAGACAAGGUGAAUACCCUCGGUACCCCUGUGCUGUGGGAAUUCCGCCAUUGCAUCGACGGAGAGAAGCAUUUGUGGCUUGCCAAGCAUCAUGGGGAUUAAGCUGACGCCAAACUUGAAGGGACGUUUAGAAAACGUAAACCUCUGAACGGUGAUGUAGAAUGAGCGCGCUAAUGGUUUUACUAUUCAAAACAUUUUGCUUUUAAGUAUUUUUUACAUUUUUUCUAGUUUUCAAGGCAGUCGGCCUCUUGUAUAAUCGUUAUUAGAUUUACAGUUAUGGAGAUGCAUGGCUUAGAAUAGUUGUGAUUACUUUAGCUUCUUUGCACUUAAAAUGUAAUUUUUCCUUUAUCCAAGAAACGCGGACAUCGUCUUGUUUGCAACGUGACGUUAUAUUUGAAUGGAAA